UUAUGUUUAGCGAGCGCUUUCUGGCAGUUACGAAAUUUACGAAUUUCAUCGUUACGGGUUAAUUUAUACACAAUACAUUAUUUGUAUUAAAUUAUUUAUAGUUAAGAGACAUUAUAGAAACAUAUGUUUCUCAUAAUUCAAGUGUAAUAAAACUCUGUGCUGUGGAACAUUAAAAAUCAACAAGGUGUUGUUACGUUACUUUUGGCGGCAUCACCGAAGCCACCGAAAUAGAUUUCCUUGUGCAAUAAUCAGCGCGUAUCAGUGAUCGAUGAACUAAUCUGCAUUUGGACCGGUUCUCACAAAUAGGUCACGGUUUCUGAAGAUGUCGAAAAGGUGAUAUCGUGAAAUUUUGUGUCACACGUUUAUCGGAGAUGGAGGGCUCAACCGUUAGUGGAUUGCGGUCAAGGUCGCGGUCGAAGACACCCUUCCUGCGAUCGAGCUGCGACCAUGAGCACUGCACGGAGACGGAGGAGCACACGCACAAGUCGGGGCGGAAAACACCUAUCAAAAGAAGCACCCCUAUCAAGCAACUACAACAAACCACAACAAGAACAACAACAACAGAAGUGAUAAGAGAAGAAUCAGAAGAGCUGGUCUCUCCGCCGGCCACUCGGACCCGGCAGUCCAUGAAGGCAGCCACUGAGAACCUGGUCAAGACCUCUGACUACUCCUCCGAGGAGAGCCUGGACCGGCUCAGGGGGCACAGGAAGGAGAUAUUCCAGAACGAGGUGAACAGCCAAUAUGAACGAGUAUCCACCUCCGGCCGGUACCAGACGCUGGCGGACCUCACGCUCAGCCCCAUCCAUGCCUCCAACAUCAGCGGCGACCGAUCGACGCGUUUCAGCAGCCCAUCGCACAGCGCGUGCUCCACGGACAGCUCGUUCGCCGAGCAGGCCCUAGCGGACGCCUCCUGCCUGCUGGACCGCGACCCCAACCGGGAGCACCUGCCCUACCGCCUCUACAAGAUGGCCGGCGAGUACUGGAACAAAUACCCCAAGACGGACUACACAUACUCGCCGCUGUCCAAGGACCGCGUGGAGCUCGCGCCGGGACAAGUGGCCGUGCCCAACAUGUCGCGGCGCUCGCUCUCGCAGUUCCGAGUGCAGGGCCCCAAUACCACCGCGGACGAGGUGGACGUGGCUGCCUGGAGCAGCGCCAGGAAGAGAUACACCUCUAUAGACAGCUCAGACGACGAGUCGUAUUUCCGCGGCAACGGCGGCUACGCCCCGGUGGACCAGCGGUGGUGGCUCACGCGCCUGCUGGUGACCAUCAUCACCACCGUCACCACCACUGUCACCAGCACCUACCGCAGUAUAGUCGGCCCCUCGCACCGGUACCCCUACACGGAGAGAAGACCGCAGCAAGCCGGCAUACUGUCUCGGGGCGCGUCGGCGGUCGCAGCGCCUUUCUACUGGAUCUACGCCAUCAUCAAGAGCGCCGUCACCACCACCGUCACCACUGUUACGGAAACCUUUACACCGCGCGCAGCAGCCGUGAGCAGUAAGCGCCACGCGGCCGCUGUGGAGAGCAAGCGGCGCUGGUGGCCGUGGCUGCUACUGCUGUUGCUGCCGCCGCUCGGAUACGGAUGUUACAAUUACUCGGAGUACAUAAUUCCGCAAGAAAUAAAAGACACGUACAAACCUCCCGUCAUAAUCCAAGACUCGGAUUUGACGAAAAGAGUGGCCGCGUUGGAAGACUGGGCGCUCAACGUCGACUCGCGACUCAAGUACUUCGACCAGAAACUAUCCAAGUUCGACAACCUCGAGCAGCAAAUCGAGCAGUACUCGAUAAAGUACCUACAGAACAAUCUAGUCCAAAUAAUAAACGCCGACGGGAACAGCGAAGCUGUCGCGGCCAAAUUGAAGAGCUACUUCGAUAAGCACUACAUUACCAAAGAGCAGAUGCAGCAAAUGAGUAUAGAGAUACACGAGCGGCUAAUAUCGUCUUGGAAGCCGGAGAUGGACGAGGACAGGAUACGGUCUUUAAUCCAAGAGUAUUUGUCCGUGUUCGAGAAGCGUCAGCUGGAAGUGAUCGUGGCGAGGUUCAAGGAGUACGUGAAGGAGGUGGAGGUGCGGAGGGAGGGAGGGGAGUUCGACGCGGAGGCGGUGAGGAAGAUCGUGGCGGGCAUGCUCGACGUGUACGACGCCGACAAGACUGGGCUCGUCGACUACGCGCUCGAGUCCGCAGGCGGUCAAGUGGUAUCAACAAAGUGCACGGAGCUAUACCAGAUCAAGACAAAGCAGUACUCCGUACUGGGCCUGCCGGUGUGGUGGGUGUACACUUCUCCACGGUUCGCUUUGACUCCCGGGGCGAUGCCGGCCGAGUGCUGGGCCUUCCAGGGCUUCCCAGGAUACCUAGUGGUCCGCACGUACGCCGUGGUGGAGGUGACGGGCUUCUCCGUGGAGCACAUGUCGCGCCUGCUCGCCGUCGACGGCAAGAUCGAGUCCGCGCCCAAGAACUUCUCCGUCUAUGGCCUGCACGGUGAACAAGACCCAGAACCUCACCUCUUCGGUAACUACAUGUACGACGCCAACGGCACCGCCAUACAGUACUUCCCCGUGCAAUUCCCCAAGGUCACCGACAUCGGCGGCGUCAAGUACCCCGUCGCCUACGACAUCAUAGAACUACGGGUCGAGAGUAACCAUGGCAACCCCACCUACACGUGUGUCUACAGGUUCAGGGUCCACGGGAACCCCCUGUCGGACAUCCGCAAGGCCACGGAGGACAGCAUCCGCGAGAGCGAGACGUAGCGACUGCUCUCACUCUGGGGGAGUCAACGGAAGUGUACAAACUGACUAACUUUACAUUUUGUGUUGUGUGUGUUAGUCGAAACUAUGACCGUGAUGAGUGGUUUCAUAAUCGGAUGCAUCAUUGAACUAUAAGUUACAUGUCAAAGUGUAAAUAGUAGGCAGUCAACAGUGUAAGUUUUGGUUAAAAUCAUAAUAACCGCAAGUAAAUAUAAGGGACAAAAAUUAGAACUACAUUGUUCGUCUGGUAAAACUGGCACGUUCCCAAUAUUCUCAGUACGAGACAGAUACACGAAACGAAAUGUAAUUUACAUGUAACCAUGU